UUGUGGUUCGAUUUGUUUAUGACAUGUGAAAGCAAUGAGGUCCCGGUCCACUUUGCGUUUCGUUUCGCCAAAUGUCCCUAGAGGCUUGCCAUACCUGCAGCCGUGAUCCGUCACUGCUGAAACACAAAACUUUUCGCCAUGGCAGGUCGCGGAGUCGUGUGGUCUUAUGAAGAAAGUUGUGCACUUAUUGAUAUUUGGAAAGAGGAUGGCAUUAAACGCCAGCUAUUCUCAACACACAAAAACAUAAAAGUAUUUCUUCUGUUUUCUCAAAAACUGAAAGAAAGGGGCUACAACAGAACAGCACUACAGUGUCGCGUAAAAGUGAAAAAACUACGACAGAAGUACAUGAGCACCCGUGAUAAAAUGCGUCGAAGUGGGGAGUCUGCUGAAAUCAAGGAUUCCUGUCCGUUCUACGACGAUUUGAAUGAAAUUUUGGGUGCAAGCGCUUGUGCUUGUCCAGCAGAUGUUGUCGAAGGUGGAAGUGUGGACUUGCAGAAUGAAGAGGAAGAAGAAUUUGACAGAUGUAGCAGUGUUACCGACAGCAGCACAGCCAGCGAAAACAACCAUUACGGCGAUGACAUGACUACAGCAGACACUCCAUCACAUACACGUCAGCCAUCGGUUGAAAACCGACAAACCCGACGUCCCAGCAUUAAGGGCACCGUCACAGAGGUGACAUCUAUGUUAAGUAGCAUGAUUGACCAACAAAAACAGUACUUUGAGCUCUUUGCCACUGGAGAGGAGGAACGUCACCGCAGGGAGCUUGAACUAGAACGGGAACGCUUUAGACUGCAAAUAGAGUUGGAAGACAGACGUCGACAGACCCAGAUGGAGCAUGACCAAGCUAUGCUACGUAUGAUGGCCCAAGUGAUUAGUGCAUCUACACAUACUGCACCUAGUCAAACACCUUUCCCUGCUCCAAUCUACACACCUGAACAUUCAACCACACUUCACCAACUCACACCUGCACACCACUCAAAUCAAGGAUUUGCAGUGUAUAACCAAGAAGAUUCAACUGAUGCUGCUUCUCAAGUGCCACUUUCAUCAGUUUUACAUGAGAUCAACAAAUUCAACUGAAGAAUCACUGGGUUGUUGUUCCUUAUGCAUAGUAUGUUAGGUUUUCAAAAAUGUUAUUGUUGCAGCUGCUCAAUUUGAACUUAAACUACCUAAUUUUUUAAAGAGGGGAGCAGCACAAUGAUGUUCAGCAUAUUGUUUUUCCAUUAAUAUGUUAUUGUUGCUGCUGAAAUUUUUUUGUGUGUGUGUGUAUAUACAGAGAACACACACACACACAUUACAAAUGUUGUACCAUUUGCACUUUUCAAACUAGUACAUUUUUUUGUUAGAUAACAAAAUAGUGUUAUGUUACUUUUUACAAGCAUUCUAUCUGAAAGAGUUUCAGGUAUGGUUUUCAUUUGUGAAUCUUUUUUGUAUGGACCAACAUACAGUAGCACAGUGAUGUUGAAGAUAAUUGUUUUUGCAUUAAUAUGUUAUUGUUGCUGUUAAAACAUAUUUACUGUGUUUACACACACACACUACAAAUGUUGUACCAUUUGCAUUUUUCAAAGUAGUAUAUUUUUUGUUAGAUAACAUAUUGUUUUGUUAUGUAUAACAAGCAUACUAUCUGAAAGAUUUUCAGGUAUGGGUUUCAUUUGUUUUGUUUUUUUGUAUGGACCUACAUACAGUAGCACAGUGAUGUUGAACAUAUUGUUUUUGCAUAAAUAUGUUACUGUUGCUGCUUAAACAUAUUUAGUGUGUUAAUGUGUGUAUAUACACACACUACAAAUGAUGUAUUAUUUGCACUUUUGAAACUAGUCAAUUUUUUGUUAGAUAACAUAUUGUUGUGUUAUGUAUUACAAGCAUACUAUCUGAAAUAUUUUCAGAUAUGGUUUUCAUUUGUGAAUCUGUUUUGUAUGGACCAACAUACAGUAGCACAGUGAUGCAGUUUUUUAUUUGUUUAGGAUAAUUAACAGAUUGUUGAAAAUAUUCUGUUGUGAAGUCAUUUGUUACAUUAAAAAAAUAAAAUAAACCAACAGUUAGUAUA